AUGCGCCGCAAGCCUGCCGCCAUGGUCUUCACCAAGGGGGAAGAUGGCAAGUUUAUCUGCCCUUGCGGAUGCCCCAAGACCCUCAAGAACAGGAAGUUCAUGAUUGGUCACGUAGCAGUCGAUCACCACGACAACCCACAGUACCGCUGCGAGAAGUGUGUCAAGUCGUACAACUGCCAAAGCGCGCUCGAGCGCCGCCUCUGGACCCACACGGGAAGCAAGGACUUCGUGUGCAAGCACCCCGGUUGCAACAAGAAAUACAGCCAGUCCAGUACCCUCCUCGCCCACACCAAGCAGCAGCAGCAGGGAAAGGCCAGGGAGAAGAAGGCAAAAUGCCCCAACUGCAUGGAGAGGUUCCUCGAUGUCGCCCACCUCAAGAGGCACAUGAUGUAG